GAAGAAGACGACACGUUACGCUGCCCGCCUCGAAACGUUUCCUUUCGAAACUCCCCCCAUUCCUACUCGUUUCCGAGGCCGAGGCGGCGCAGACCCGGGUCUCUCGGGAGCUCCGGUCUCUAAUCGCGCUAAAGAGAACUUGGAUCUAGUAAUCAGGCCGGAGAAUUCAUCGGCUUCUUCGGCGGUGGUGGUUGUUUCUGUGGCGAUCGCGUAAUGGAGUACAGGUCGGACGACGACUAUGACUACCUCUUCAAGGUGGUGCUCAUCGGGGACUCCGGCGUCGGGAAAUCCAACCUUCUCUCUCGAUUCACUCGCAACGAGUUCAGCCUCGAGUCCAAGGCUACCAUCGGGGUCGAGUUCGCCACCCGGAGCAUCCGCGUCGAGGAUAAGGUCAUCAAGGCACAGAUUUGGGACACCGCGGGCCAAGAAAGGUAUCGAGCAAUCACAAGUGCAUAUUAUCGGGGAGCUGUUGGUGCACUUUUGGUGUAUGAUGUUACUCGGCACAUAACGUUUGAGAACGUGGAGCGUUGGUUGAAAGAGCUCAGGGAUCAUACUGAAUCUAACAUUGUGAUUAUGCUCGUGGGCAACAAAGCGGACUUGCGUCAUCUUAGAGCAGUUUCAACCGACGACGCAAAGACUUUUGCUGAAAAUGAGAAUACUUUCUUCAUGGAGACAUCGGCUCUUGAGUCUACAAAUGUCGAUAUUGCCUUUACAGAAGUGCUCACUCAGAUACACAACGUAACAAGCAGGAAGGCACUCGAAGCAAGCGACGAUCAGGCAACAUUACCCAAGGGACAAACAAUCAACAUUGGUGAUGAUGUAUCAGCUAUCAAGAAGGCCAGUUGUUGUUCAUCUUAAGAAAUAGUGGUCUCCGAUUCACUUUUCAAUUUAUUGGCCGAACUACUACUUACUACUUUCAUAUGCUGUUGUUGUACUAAUGAUUGUUUUUGUACAAACAAAAAAAAAAAAAUCUUCCAUAUAGCUGGGAGCAAUCUGAUGAUUUUAAAAACUUAAA